GUCUAGCAAAAGCGAAAUUCCAUGCGCGCAUAUAGGAUUAUAACAAACGCACACAUACAUAUGAACAACAAAUAUCAACAAAUCCAUCCAUUCACAGAGUGUUAAUGAUACACAUCGCACACAUUACCUUAGAAUGUUACUGUUUGGCAGAUAAAGUUUUAAAUCAAAUUAUAAGACCGAAGGGGAAAUCAAAAUUUCAAUGUACAACGAUUCGAAACAAUUGAAUGUAGUAAAUAGUGUGUGUAUUUUUUUCUCGAUUACUAACUAAAAUUCAUGGUGCUUGAGUUCAUUUCGGUUUGUUCGAUCAGUUUGAACUGUACACAGGACAUAGGUUAGUCGAAAAGGAAAAAGAAAAAAAAAUAGUCGCAGUGCGAAAUUGAAACCAAAGCAAAAUCAAUAAAUGAAUACGGGCAUGAGGGCACAGUGAAGUUGUUCAAUUGUUUGAAUCGUCAACCGUAAUUUUAAAUUCGAAAAUAGAUUUUAAUCGUUUUGUUGUUGGGUGCGGAACGGAAUAGGUUGAUAUUUAAAAUACAAAUAGAAAAAAAGAAAAAAAAGAUGAAAAAUAGAUCUCAAAGAGAUACGGACGUGAGUGCCGACCAGCCAAACGCUGCCAUUCGACCUGAUCCAUUUAUAUCAAUCAACGAACAGCCUGUCGAUGAUAUAUCCUUAGACUUUUUCUACAAACCACACACAGUCACUCUGCUGGCUGUUUCCAUCAUAUCCGUGAUGUAUUUUGCAUUUGUACGCGAUGAACAAGAUAAUCAGGAGAAUAUUUGGGCUGGAAUGCUAUGUGCCAUAUUCUUUUUCCUAAUAAUAUCGGUGCUUGCGUUUCCAAAUGGACCGUUUACACGACCUCAUCCAGCCGUUUGGCGAAUCAUCUUUGGAGUUUCCGUUAUUUAUUUAUUAUUUAUUAUAUUCUUACUGUUCCAAAACUACAAAGUAAUCAUGUCAAUCUUUUAUUGGUUGGAUCCUAAACUACAAAACUUUCGCAUUGAUAUGGAUAAGGAAUACGGAGUGAAUUGUUCGCAAAUAACUCUCGAAAGACUUUGGUCACAUAUUGAUGUUUUUGCGUACGGCCAUUUUUUGGGAUGGAUGUUCAAGGCGAUUCUGAUUCGUCACAUUGGAAUAUUGUGGGCAAUUUCAGUAAUGUGGGAAAUAACCGAAAUUACAUUCGCACACUUAUUGCCAAAUUUCAUUGAAUGUUGGUGGGAUGCAUUGAUUUUGGAUGUGUUGGUGUGUAAUGGUCUUGGCAUUUGGUGUGGUUUGAAAAUUUGCAAAAUGCUCGAAAUGCGCGAAUACAAAUGGGCAAGUAUUCGUGAUAUCUCAACGACAACCGGCAAAAUAAAACGUGCUGUUUUACAAUUUACACCGGUCAGUUGGACAACAGUGCGAUGGUUGGAUCCAAAAUCAACAUACAUGCGACUUUUGUCUGUAUCACAAUUGGUGAUAUUUUGGCAAAUCACCGAACUCAAUACAUUCUUUUUGAAGCACAUUUUCGAAAUGCCACCAUCACAUCCGAUCGUUUCCAUUCGUCUGAUAUUUAUCGGCUUAAUUGUGGCACCGUCGGUUAGACAGUACUAUAUCUAUAUAACGGAUCCGAAUUGCAAGCGACUCGGCACACAAUGUUGGGUAUACUGUGCAAUUAUGGUAUCGGAGGCCAUACUGUGCAUUAAGAAUGCACGCGAAUUGUUCGAAAGAACACAGGCUGUCAAUAUCAUCGUUUGGCUGCUAAUUCAACUGAUCAUUUCAGUUAUAUUUGUGUACGGUUGCAUUCUCUACCAUCGAUACAAACAGAAUCAAUCCAUCGAAGAGGAGGAGGUUCUAGUCAAUGACGAUACACAGUGUGUACAAGAUGAAAGCAGCGAAAUACCGACUGCGACAGAGCACGGAAAAUCAUUGAAGGCCGACUAAACCAAAAACUAAACGACAACAAAUCAUUGCAUUUUUAUUUAUUUCGAACAAAAUAAAUUCUGUAAAUAAAAAAUAAACUAUUAAUUCUGGUAGACCAAAAAAUAGCAGCUGAAUUAGAUAAAAAAACACACACAACGUUCGAAUGACUUUAGUAAUUUGUUUCAUUUUAUUAAAAUUUCUCUAGUUGAAAUCAAAAAUCAAAUAGAAUGUUCAAUAUAAGAUUGAUUAAACCAAAUAUUCUCAAGUUUUUCGAAUAUAAAAGACAAUUUGUUUAAAAUAUAAAUUAAAUGCCAAUAGUGAACCACACUAUAGGGUGUGUAUUUUGAUGUACAACAAAUACAAAAAUUACCAAAAAAAAAGAGAAGAAACAAAAUGAAAAACAAAGAUAAAAGUAUGUUUUCUGACCUAUUGUGACUUAAGAAUAUUACCACGGAGAUCGAAUGAAACAAUUGUAAAUCGGCAUGUCUUUUACUGUUAAGUAUUAAAUUAUUUUCUCUAGCUAAAUUAAACAAAUUUGAUGUUCUAUACAUUGGAAACGA